AUGUUGAAACCAUUGUUCGGAAAAAGUGACAAAUCGCCGUCGGAUGUUGUGAGGAAUCUACGCGAUGCGCUUCUUGUCAUCGAUAAGUACAAUGGGGUUACCAGUGAGCGAAAAGUGGAAAAGGCGAUUGAUGAGACGGCCAAAAUGUUGGGUUUGGCGAAGACGUUCAUUUUCGGCUCCGAUGCGUCGGAGCCCAACAACGAUCAGGUCACCCAAUUGGCGCAAGAGGUGUACAAUGCGAACAUCCUGCCGCUUCUCAUCAAAUAUCUGCCGAAAUUCGAGUUUGAGUGCAAGAAAGAUGUGGCGAUGGUGUUCAAUAAUUUGCUUCGACGACAAAUUGGGAAUCGAUCGCCGACGGUGGAGUAUAUCGCGGCGAGACCCGAAAUAUGCAUUAGUCUCCUCUUGGGGUAUGAACAACUUGAUAUCGCCCUGACGGCUGGAUCCAUGCUCCGAGAGUGCAUUCGUCAUGAGCAUCUUGCCAAACUUGUAUUAUACUCGGAAUAUUUCCAAAGAUUCUUCACCUAUGUUCAAAGCGAUGUAUUCGAUAUUGCCACCGAUGCGUUCUCAACAUUCAAAGACCUACUAACCAAGCAUAAAAACCUGUGCGCCGAGUAUUUGGAUGUGAACUACGACGGAUUCUUUGCGCAAUACCAAGCUCUCACCAAUUCACCGAACUAUGUGACUCGACGACAAUCGCUGAAGCUUCUCGGCGAGCUUCUACUAGACCGACACAAUUUCAGCACGAUGAACAAAUUUAUAACAAGUCCCGAAAAUCUGAAAACGAUAAUGGAGCUGCUGCGCGAUAAGCGACGAAACAUUCAAUAUGAGGCGUUCCACGUAUUUAAAAUUUUUGUGGCGAAUCCGAACAAACCGCGUCCGAUUCUCGACAUUCUCAAUAGGAAUCGCGAUAAGCUCGUCGAGUUCUUGUCGCUUUUCCACAAUGAUCGAACCGACGAUGAGCAGUUCAAUGAUGAGAAGGCGUACCUCAUCAAGCAGAUUCGAGAGCUUCGAGUGUGA